CGUUGAUCAAUCUAUCCCAAGGCAUGUGCAUAAGCUACACAUUCCACAAAGAAAACAUAUAGUUUACAACUUUACAUACACAAUGGAACCUCAGUUGUUGCUACCAAGUACCAACUGAGAAGCUUGCAGCUUGCAGAACCACAUAAUAAGGAUCAUUGACACCUCGUGGGUUUGCUUAAUCAAGAUCAGUGGGAUAUAUACGUAAUAAUGGGGAGGUUGUCGGAGCUACUAAACGAGUGGGAGGUCCAGCUAUUGGUGCUUCUCAGCUUCAUUCUACAACUCUUUCUAUUCUUUACUGGCGGCUGUCGGCGACGCAGCAGAAGCUGCUUUCUUCGAUGCACCAUAUGGAUAGCAUAUCUGGGAGCUGACAUGGUAGCCAUAUACACUCUUGUUAUCCUGUCACGAGAUGCGAAUGCGAUGGAUGCGGCGUCGUCGUCACUAAGAUUAGCCCACCCAUUAGCAUUCCUUUGGGCACCUUUCCUCCUCAUCCAUCUUGGCGGUCAGGAUACCAUCACUGCCUUUGACAUCGAGGACAACAAACUGUGGCUGCGGCAUCUGCUGAACCUGCUAGUCCAAGUGACCCUAGCAAUGUAUGUGUUCUGGAAGUCCAGCAGCUGGCACAGCACGCAGGUUCUUGUCCCUGGCAUCCUACUGUUUGUAGCUGGGAUCAUCAAGUAUGGAGAGAGGAUAACAGCCCUGGGGCAUGGGAACCUGAAUUACCUGAAUAGCAUGGGCCAACAGGACCUACCUGAUGAUGAUCCUCCUAUCCUAAAUACGACUAUCAUCCGUGAUGCUCUGCGUUCGGCACCAGGGAUCCGGAUGCUUUUUGCAAGGCGCAAGAUCUGUGAUCCUCUUAUGAAGAUCAGUCGCCCCUCUUGUGAAGAUCCGUCCCUCUUCUUGUUCAAGUUUAUGGGUGUGGAGCUUGGUAUGGUGUACAGUGAUCUCUACACUAAGGCUGCAGUGCUCCGGACAAGGAUUGGCAUUGUAUUCCGGUGCAUCUCUUUGUCAUGUACCGCCGCUGCUCUCGUCCUCUUCUUCUUCUUCACCAACACUUACACUACUGCUGGUGGUAGUAGAGUUGACACUAUAAUCACCUACACAUUAUUCAUAGGAGUGCUUGUUGUGGACGUUUGCAUGGUGCUUACAAUGGUGAUGGCAUCUCCUUGGACAUGGGCGUGGCUGCGGGCUCGGGGCCACCAUAGGAUGGCUUCCAUGUCUAUGUGCCUUGCCUCCAGCUGCGACAUGGUGUCGGGAUGGCUGGGGACGACAAAGUCGUUGUGGUCAAACACCAUGGGGCAGUACAGGUUUGUGUGUUAUGACGAUGACUCGCAUCCAUGGUGUUCGCCGCCACCACCGCCGCGGCCGCCGCCGCGGCCUACAUGCUUGGAACGAGUGAUGAGCAUCAUCAGGAAGCUGACCAGCGGUGAAGACGAGAAGAAGCCAUUCUAUUUCUGGCUGAGCAAGCUUCUGGAAACCAAGCACGUGGUGGUGGACAACAAUGUCACCAAGUGCUUGGUUGCGGUGGUAGAUGACAUACUACCACAGCCCAGUGGUAGUGGCGGCGGUGAAAUGCACCAGCAACGGCAGCCUGAAGAGCAGCAAUGGCAGUGCCUGGGCCAGCUGCUACUGGCGGCAACAACACACCCGGAGUGUAAGCAGGAUUUCGUGCGCCUUAUAUGUUGGCUGCACGCAUGCACAGAGGUUCUUCUGCGUGAGGCGGCUGCUGCUGCGACAGAGGCGCCGGCGACCACGCGCAUCAGCAUCGCCGACGCCGACGCCGCCGCCGCUUCAGCGGACGUCUGCCGGAAGCUGUCCAGGUACAUGGUGUACCUUGUUGCUGUACACCCGGAUGGUGCUUCCCUUUUGCAGGUGGUUCGUACCAACCCUGACAAGGAGUACAAGAGGUGGGAACGGUAUUCUAGUAUCAGGCUACAGGGCAAGCAGCAUCAGGUUCACAUGGGUCUUCUUCGUCUGGAGCUAGAGGCGGCGGCCAUGGCCAGCAGGGGUCGGGGUUCCUCUUCCUCCUCCGCCAACAGCAACAGCAACACGGGAACAAUUAUGGCGUCGUCGCUGCCUCGUCCGGAGCAUUGGCAGCGAACACUGAAGGAGCUGGAGCGCAUGUGGGCAAGGCUGCUUGUGUACGCCGCCGCCAAGUCCAGGCCGGAGGCGCACGCGGCGGCGCUGGCCAGAGGUGGGGAGCUCCUCACUUUUGUGUGGCUUCUCUUGUGCCACAAUGGGCUUGGUGAUGCCUUCCAGAUAGACCUAGUUCCAUCGAAGAAACAGCAUGUCGUCCCCUCAUCAUCAUCAGCGGCAGAGUUUGCAGCUGGUGGAUCAAAAACAUACUACGUCUUCAAAAACCUCCCAACAGUCCAGAUACUGGUUAAUAGCUGCUGCCCACAACUCCUUGUCCCUCCUGCACAAACCGACAGCAGGUCAUCAGGAAGAAGCUAAUAAGUUGGCGGGCGCCUUCGAGGCUGAAGGACUCCUAAACAAUAAGGACAAUAACGCACAAGACAUCGAAAGUUGUGGUUGGGCUCUUGCCAUAACAAGCUCAGCAGCUUCGGCCUUGUUCAUGUUGCUUGUCAUGCAUCCAUGCAUGGGGAACAAGCUUCGUUCGGUGGUUGUGGUGAUUGCGUGUCACCGUGUACAUACAAUUAUAUUUGAUUGUGUUCCCUCUUCCUAUUUUCAUUCUGAGAAAUAUGUUGUUUCUCAUUGAAAAUAAAAAUAUGUAUAUAGUAUGGAGAUUUCUAAAUAAAAGAGAACAUAUAUUGGCUAGGUUGAGAGUUCACUGUAUCAAGUCUGUUCUUAAAAAAAGUGAAUAAAGUUUGCGAUCUUUCAUUGA